CAUUUCACACCAUGAAGUCCUUCCUCACCGUCUGGGUUCUCUCGGCUCUGCUAGUGCUGACCACGGCCGAAUCUUGCGCCAAUCCCAAGGUACAAGCCACCUCUUACACUCCGGCCGACGCCGAGGUCUUGACCCAUAUCGCCUACAUCGCCGAAUUUACCCUCACCUGCUCCAACGGUGCUACCAAUGUGAACUUGUUCGCCGAUAUCAACGGCGCCGUAAUGCCCGUGAUCCGCAGUCAGGACGGGUCCAAGUACCAAGUGAGCUGGACCGAGAGCCUCAAAGCGGCCAAGAAAGGCGAUCGACCCAUUCGUCUGUACGACGAGGAAGGCUUUGCCGCCGUCAAGCGCAUCCUGGAACGGGACGAGGAUCCCAGUAGCGUCAAGCCCUUGGUCCAGAUCGAGAUCAACUACCCGGGAGCCUACACCGGACCCUGGAUGAAGUCUGAGCAUUUGGCCUCGCUCAUGAUUUUUUUAGUCUUCUAUCUGGCUUAUUCGUCCAAGAACGGGCUUACGGCCUAAAGUUCGGACCCCGUGGGCUGCCACCCAGGGUCCAACGGGACCGGCGUCCCAGCCGGAUCUAUAAACUGUGUACCACGGCCUUGGCCUGGGUCACGCCCCGGAGCGAUGAAGGAAUCACCUGGGGAAUGACAGUGAUAUUUGUGCCGUGGCCGGGAAAAGCCCAUGUGGGCUGGCCCUCUUUAGUUAUUUCGUUCCACCGAAAUUUCCACUACCUUCUCGGCUUGCACAUUAACCUCUUUCACUCUUUAGCUUUUCUAUUCGUUCUAUGAGUCCGGCAAUACAUCAUUUGUCCAGUUUUCUUAAAA